UUGUUCAAUAUGUCUUUCUCAUCCUCAUCUUCAACCCCUGAGUUUGAUGUCUUCUUGAGUUUCAGCCAAGAUGCCAAAACUUUUGCCUCCGAACUUAGCCUUUCUUUUUCUGAAAAUGGAAUUACAAUGAAAGGUGACGUGCUGCACAAGGGAGCCUCCUCGUCCCUAGGUUCUGAACGAAACGAAGGCAUCAUCAGAGAGUCAAAAGUCGCUGUUGUUGUUGUCUCACAGCGCUAUCCGACCUCUACUCGGUGCCUUGACGAGCUUCAAACAAUAGUAAGGUUUUACGAUGAACGUCGUCUCUCCGUUCUGCCUAUCUUCUACGGUGUUGAUGUUACGGUAGUAAGAAGGCAGACUAAAGAAUUCGCUGAGGCCUUUGAAAAGUUCGGUGAAGAAUAUUCUUCUGGGAAGGUUCAAGCAUGGAGGAUUUCUCUUAUCAAACUCACUAACAUAUCCGGUGCCCCAAAUUCACGUGACUGGAUCGAUGAUGAUUGGAUGGUUGAAACGGUUACAAGUCAAGUCAUGCGUGUUCUCACAGAUAAGCGGGUCAAGCAGAGAGCAACCAUCUCGCGUACUGUCUCUAAAGCCAAGCAGUCCAUAAAUUCAUUACCAACAAAAAACCUUGGACUUGUUGGGUUGGAUCGUCCUAUGCUAGCGCUGCAAGAGAUGUUGGAUCUAAAAUCCAACGAGGAAGUUCGCUUUAUUGGAAUUUGCGGUCAGGGAGGCGUUGGCAAGACGACACUAGCGAGACAUGCUUAUGAAGAACUUCGCAACAGCUUCCAUGCUCAUGUCUUUGUAGACAACGCUGCAAAGAUUUGUCAGCAAGUUAUCAAAUCAACGGUUUCUCACAGGAGAAGUUUGCUAGUCGUUGAUUCUGUAGAUAACAUCAAACAGAUAAAGGAGAUGGAAGAUAUUGUCGGAUUGUGUUGUCCAGGAAGCAGAGUUAUACUUGUCACACAAGACAAGAAAUUGGUAGAUGAGUUUGGUUUGGAGUAUGUCUACGAGGUUCAACCUCUGAGAUAUGAUGAAGCUCUUCAACUCUUCUCUCAAACUGCAUUCAACCAGCAACACCCUCCAGCUAGCUUUGAAUCACUCUCUCUUCAUGCUGUUCGGAUCGCUGGUUUCCUUCCUCUGUCUCUUAAAAUCAUAGGUUCUUCAUUACAAGGCAAGGAUGGCGAGAUUUGGAGGAAGCAACUGCAAAAACUGGAGGGAAGCCAAGAGAAAGCUGUUAGGCAAGUAAUGAUGAAAAUCUUUGUAAAGGAUGUUGCCGAUGCAUUUAUCAUUCCUCUAAAGUUAUGAGUUGGUGAGACAGUAUUCACCUAUUCAUAAGUUUAGAGGAAAGAUAAAUGCAUCGGCAAAAUAUCCUUUACAAAGAUAAAUGACAGUAUUCACAUAUAGAAGCAGAAGGUGUUUGUGUAUACUACAGAUGCAAAGAACAAUGUCAAGUGAUAAGAUCUGUUGUCAUGAUGUAUAAUAUAAGAUGUUCUGUGUAAAUGUGUUGUCAUGAUGUAUAAUAUAGAAUGUUCUAUGUAAAUGUGUUAAAUUACCUGAGAAAUCUGGACAAUAUACUUCAAAAUCA